AUGUUCACGCCGCUGGCGUGCGCGCUCCUGCUCGUCGUCGUCGCGCUCGUUCCCGUCGUCAUAAGACGCCACCGCCGGAAAAGAUGUGAAGGCGAACCCCCGCUGAUAGAUGGCUGGAUUCCGUUCCUGGGAAAAGCUUUGGAGUUCAGGAAAGAUGCUCACAAGUUCCUGGAGGAGCAGCGGAAAAACUUUGGAGAUGUUUUCACCAUUCACAUGGCAGGUCGCUACAUGACCUUCAUCAUGGACCCCCUGAUGUACCCGGCAGUCAUCAAAGAAGGCCGGCGCUUGGACUUCCACGAAUUCAGCGGCCGUGCAGCGCCGGCAGCCUUCGGCUACCCGCGCAUCACGGAGGGGACCUUUCCGGGCCUGGCCGAGCAGAUCGAGCGUGCCUAUGGCCUCCUCCGCGGGGAGCAGCUGACGGCGCUGACGCAGAGCAUGAUGGGGAACCUCAUGACGCUCUUCCGUCAGGACCACCUGAAGCCGGGCGCCACCUGGCGCGAGCGCGGCUUGUACGACUUCUGCCUGGACGUCAUGCUGGAGGCCACCUUCCUGACCUUGUACGGCCGGCCGGCCCAGGGCUCGCGCCACACCCACGCGGCACAGCUCAAGACCCACUUUGUUCACUUCGAUGAGGCUUUCCCGCUGCUCAUCGCUCAGGUUCCCGCCUGGCUGCUGGGCCGGGCCCGCGCCGCCCGCCGGAAGUUGACGGACUACUUGGCGGCGCCCGGGAUGUCUGACUGGGCCGACGCCUCGCUGUUCAUUCGGCGCCGCGCCCAGCUCCUGGAGGGCCACCCUGUCAUGGGCGACGCUGACAAAGCGGCGCACCACUUGGCCAUGCUGUGGGCAUCGGUGGCCAACACAGCGCCGGCCGCCUUCUGGGCAACGUACCACCUCCUGAGGCACCCGGAGGCCCUGCGAGCUGUCCGCCAGGAGAUCCUAGAGGUGCUGGAGCGCAGUGGGCGUGGGUUCAGCGAUGACAUGGACCUGGCACUCGCCGCGGAGCAGCUGGACCACAUGAUUCUUCUGGGUAGGAAACCCGCCGCCGCCGUCGCCUCUCAUGCCCGCCUGACUUGCCGCUGGUCCUCAGAAAGCACCGUCCACGAGAGCCUACGCAUGUCUUCGGCAUCCAUCAACAUCCGUGUGGCUCAGGAGGACCUGAACCUGCGCCUGGACGCCGAGCGCGUUGUGGCGGUGCGGCGAGGUGACAUUGUGGCACUGUAUCCGCGCAGCGUGCACAUGGAUGCCGGCAUCUACGAGCAGCCGCAGGCGUUUCGCUUUGAUCGCUUCGCCCACCAGACGGAAUUCUUCAAGGACGGACAAAAGCUUCGCCAUUACUUGAUGCCAUUCGGCUCGGGCGCGUCCAUCUGCCCGGGACGCUUCUUUGCCGUCAACGAGAUCAAACAGGUCGUGUGUCUGCUGCUGCUCUACUUUGAUCUGCGGCUUGAAGCGGGUCAGCCUGACCCGCGGCCCGACGGCAGCCGCGCGGGCCUCGGCAUUCCGCGGCCCGAUCAGGAUGUGCGCUUCCAAUACCGCCUGCGCAGCGCUGUCGCUCGCUAGUCCCGUUUUUUGCCAGUCCUUUCUGUAAAACGCUCGCAACAUAAUUCUCAAUCUUUAUCGGCACUAUGCGGAAAAACUGCUAAACUAGCCAUAAUGGUUGCUUGCUAUCGAUAUUACCACCGCGGCUGGGCUCAAGUUUU